AUGUUUCGUGAAUCAGCUAAAAUUGUUAUAGAUGUUGAGGAUUCACCAUCAGCAUCUUAUGUCAGUAAUGUACGCAUGGAAGAUUUGUUGGAAAAAUUAAAACUAUUAAAUUACGACACUGACUUUGUACAAGAAUUAAAAAUGAAGCCAAUUAACAGGCAUUACUUUGUCAUACCAACGAAUCCCGGUGAGCAGUUUUAUUUAUUUACUUCAUUAGCAGCCUGGCUAGUGAGAAAAGCUGGCAAAAACUUUGAACAACCCCAAGAAUCAGAUGAUCCUAAUGCGAUAAUUGCACUGAUAAUGGACCAUGUAAAAGAAUUCGGAGUAUCUGUUGAAUUUCCACCGAAUAAAUUGAAACAGGGUGUUGGAGAGCAUGCUAUUUACGUCCUAGACAGCUUGGCCGAUCAAGCGAUAAAAGCUUCCAAGUUCAAAUGGAAAAAAGUUGAAAUUCCAGCAGAUGAGCCGGAUCAAGAGCCAGAAAUAGAGGAUGAUGAUGCCGAAUUGAUUUUAGAAAAAGUUGAGGAAGAAAUGAUGGCCGAUUACGACGACGAAGACGAUGACAUUCUACACAUUGACGACAUCACCAAACUCUACGGAAAAACAAUGGAAGACGUCCAGAAGCCUGAUAAUAUUUUGGAGUCUCAAACAGACGCUGAAGAAUGGAAACUUGAACUGGAGCGUGUUCUUCCUCAGCUUAAAGUAACUAUAAAAACAGAUUCCAGAGAUUGGAGAUCACACCUAGAACAAAUGAAGCAGCUGAGAGCCAAUAUUUCGACGGGUUUAAAUGGCACUAAAAAUCAAUUAGAUAAAUUGCAUACGGACAUUGCAAAUACGCUCGAUAAGAUAAAGAUGCGGGAAAUGUAUCUCAAUAAACAAUUGGAGCCUACCUUAGUUGAAUUCAGGAGUCUACAGGAAGAGCUAUUAAAAAUAAAAGAACACUAUCGCGAUGUGAGCGGCGGAGUGACGGAGCGUACGCGUACAUUAAAUAAAUUGUCAGAUGAACUAGAGCAAGUGAAAAAAGAAAUGGAUGAACGAGGCUCCAGCAUGACUGACGGAACGCCUCUGAUAAACAUAAAGAAAACAAUUACAAAAUUGAAAUCCGAGAUAUCAGAAAUGAACGUAAGGGUCGGUGUUUUAGAGUACACACUUAUGUGCACGAAAAUUCGUGACAGAGUCCAGAUGCAAGAGGACAUGAACAAUACGACCAAUACAUUGAUAAUAAAAUAA